AUGGACGACCUAAUAUCGCUAGGCGAGACGUUACAGCAGGCGUCGUCGGCGCUCGUGGGAGACGACAUUCAGGCGGACCCUCGCUCGGGCUCUGCUCCCGUCAUCCAGCUUUUGGUCAUCGGCGCGCCGGGUUCGGGAAAGUCAGCUGUCCUCAACACGCUCAUCGGCCAUGCCGUCCUGCCAACAGGAGAGGGCGGGUGCACGCGCUUCCCAGUGCUGGUUGACUUGCAUCGCGACCAGAACCUUUCGGCCGGCUCUGUGCGCGCCAAUCUCGGCCCCAGAACAAACAUGCCUAAGCCCUCGGAGAUACGGCAAGCACUGCAGUCGGACAUGAGCAAGGCCAAGGGGUCGUCCAGGCACAGAGAGGAGGCGCAACUCAUCCUCCGCUCGCCAAUCGCCCCACCAAUGCGCAUCAUUGACCUGCCUGGAAUCGAGAAGGCAUCUCAAAUGGAUGGAGCAUUCCAGGACAACGUGUCCAACAAUGAUGCAGUCAUCCUGGUGGUGAUCUCUGCCACGGCAGUUAAGGACUCUCUUAAGAUCCUCCGCAUCGCUCACGACAUUGACAAAGAAGGUGUGAGGACCAUUGGAGUAAUAACGAAAUUCGACCAAGUGAUGAAGGACAGGGACACAGCGAAGCUGGCAGUGGACCUGCUUCAGAAGCAGGGGGCGGCCAUGGCUCAGGACUACCCGUGGGUGGCUGUGAUUGGGCAGCCGCUGGGGGACAAGGACACAAAUGAGCCCAUGGAUGGCGCUUGGCAGGAGGAAUACAAGGUCUUAUCGCAGGUGAUGCGGGCGAAUGGCGUGAAGGGCAUGGACACGCCCAUGGGUCGCGAUGCGUUGCUGCGGUUGAUUGCUCGCACCGUGCGGCACAAGAUGAAGGAGAAGAUUCCGCGCAUCAUGUCUGCCCUGGAGGGUCGGUCUCAGGAGGUGGAUGCGGAGCUACUCAGGCUGGGCGACUCACUGGUCUCCAGCCUCAACGGCUCGCGUGCCCUCGCCCUGGAGCUGUGCCGAGGGUUUGAGACCAAGUUCUGCGAGCACCUGGACGGCAGUGAGGGCGGAGGGUCGCAGAUGGUGGAGAAGUUUGUCGGCACGCUGCCGCUGCGCUUCAGAGGGCUCCCUCUGGACGACAUGUUCAGCUUUGACAACGUCAAGAAGGUGGUGAUGGUGGCAGAUGGGUAUCAGCCAUACCUGCUGUCGCCUGAGAAGGGCCUGCGUCUACUCAUUAAACGGAGCCUGGAGCUGGCCAAGCAGCCGGGCAUUGACUGUGUGGACGAGGUGCACAAGAUUCUUGUGGACAUCGUUGCAGGUGCUGCAUCCCAAGCCCCUUCGCUCGUCCGGUUCCCACCCAUGAAAACAGAGCUGGUGGCCAUCGCCUCGGCAGCGUUGGACGAGUAUCGCGCGGAGGCGAAGCGCAUGGUGACAGCCAUCGUGGACAUGGAGAAGGGAUUCGUGCCGCCGUCGCACUUCAUUGAGGCGGAGUACAAAAGGCAGGAGAAGAUGUGGAAGGAGUUGGAGGUGGCUCGCAAGGGCCUGCAGGACCGAGGCGUGCUCUCCCGCUCCUCGACAGGAGACAGUGGGGGAGGCCGCUUUGCCUCUGCCAUGUCAUCUUUCUCCCGCAAGAAGGAGCCUCCCCCUCCUCCGCCACCCACCGAUGCCUCUCAGCCCCUGGGUCCCGUCAAGGAGCUUGCAGGGUUCUUGUGGAAAGUGAGCUCCAAGGGGGGGUGGAGCAAGCGCUGGUUCGCACUCAGCGACAAGACUGCUCGGCUCUACUACGUGAAGAAGCCCGAUGAGAAGACUCCUAGGGGAGUCAUUCCUCUCGAGGACUGCAUAAUAGACGAGAUAGUGCCGCCAGAGGAGGUACCCUCAGCGUCGGACAUCAAGGCAGGGUCGAACCCAUCAGCGCAAGCACUCUCCUUCAAGAUCGGCAACAGAGUGCCGUACAAGACCGUGGUCAAAGUGCACCAGUCGCUCAUCCUGAGGGCAGACAACAUGGCAGAGAAGCAGCAGUGGGUGGCGCGCCUGCGCAGCCACACCAAGGCCUUCAAGGAGGCGCCACCUCCCCCUCCCCCUUCCUCUUCCACCGGGGGCGACACCGACCAAUCAGGAGACGAUGGCAGCAGCAGGGAUGGUGAUUCGGCUGGUAGUGGUGGUGGGGGUGGGGGCAAUAUUGUGCCGGGGGCGCUGGGGCUGGGAGGGGGAGGGGCGGCGGGGGCAGGGCGGGUGGCGAAUCUGGAGGAGGAGCUGCGGUACCAGGUGGCUGAAGUGCGGCGAUACGUGCAGGCAGUGCUUGUGCACCUGGCUGACAACAUUCCUAAGGCCAUAGUGCUGGCUCAGGUGGAGCGGGCGCGAGACUCAAUGCUGACGAAGCUGUACCAGACGGUGAGCGGCAUGUCGGACGACCGGCUGCAUUCCAUGCUGCAGGAGGACUCCGAGAGCGCCGGCAAACGCGACAAGUUCAAGCGCAUGCGCGAUGCCAUGCUGCAACUCAAGAGGGCGCUUAGUUUGCAUGAGGCACGGGCGUCUGCUGAGGACGAAGGACAAGGCACCAAGGAGACAGUGGAAGCGUGGAGAACAGCUUUCAACAAGGCCACCCCUGCCGUUUCUUCAAAUCUCUGUGCAUGUGCGCCCUCUCUCUGUGCUAUAUUGUGCCCUGCUGUCCCACCAGGCACCAAGGAGACAGUGGACGCGUGGAGAGCAGCUUUCAACAAGGCAGCCCCUGCCGUUCCUUCAAAUCUCCAUGCGUGUCCGCCCUCUCUCUGUGCCAUAUUGUGUCCCGCUGUCCAACCAGGCACCAAGGAGACAGUGGACGCGUGGAGAACAGCGUUCAACAAGGCAGCCCCUGCCGCUCCCACAAUCCUCGAAGAACCCUCUGCUGAUUCCAGCACCCUUCCCUCCCCUUCCUCUCGAAAAACGCCCCCACCACCACCAUCCUCCUCGUCCUCAUCAUCAUCCUCCUCUUCCAAACCUUCCAAAUCGUCAGCAUCGGCAGCCGUAGCAGCCGCUGCAGCAGCAGCGGCCGGUGCUGCUGCUGCUUCUCCCACCCCUCCCACCUCAUCCGCAGCAGCAGCAGCAGGAGCAGCAGCAGCAACUGGAGCUCCUUCCUAUGGUAUCUCACAUGCAUCGUCAUUCCAGCCCACCCGUUCCUCCUCCUCCACCAAUCAACAGCCGCCAGCUAUCACCCGCGGCAUGACCAUGGGCUCCGUGCCGAACCCGCUAGGCGCGGGAGUUCCCGGAGCUAUGGUCCCAGGUCCGGUGAUGGCUCGGGGGCCGCCCAUGGUCCCAUCUGCAAGUACUGCCAGGAGUGCGAGCCCGCUAAGGCAGACCCUAGCAGGGGGGAUGGAUGCAGGAGGGGGGAUGGGGAAUCCCUUGCGUGCCACGUCUAGGAGAGCCCCCCCUGGCCCACCCACUGGUUUCAGCUUCAAGUAA